AAUAACUUCCGAUGCGGUGGUGUCCACUGUGUCGCCUGGCAAUAUAAAUAACAGCGAUUUCCCCCUGCAUCCAGACAUCGGGGGACAUUGAAGCAAGCAUCUGCAAGACAUCGUUAUCUCAAUCGCAUCUUGUCACUGCAAUACUCUACAUCCCGUAUUUCCGUUCUCAUCUCAAUAUGAACACCCUAUUAUUCUUGACAUCCCUGGCUGUCGGCGCCCUUGCGCAGAAUGCUCGAAUCGGAUUGCCUCAGGCCGCGACCUCCAUCAAAGCUGGUAGCAAACUUACCGUGCAAGUUCAACGUCCUAACUCUCUAACAGGAUCCCAAGAGGUCGGCGUCGCCAUUGGCCUACAAUCCUGCGCCAACCGCCCCUGCCAUGACUCCAAGGACGUCAUGGGCCAGAUCCUAUACAACGGACCUUUCAAGCCCGUCUACCAUGAAUACUAUCUGCCUCCGUAUGAGAACUUCACCGUCACUGUACCGGACUCGGUUGAGAGCGGCGAGGCGGUGCUCGGUGUGGCGCAUGUCUCGCUUGUUGGGGCCGGGCCGUUUCCGUUCUUGGAGGUCUUGAAUCAGACUGUUCAGGUUGCGUGAUGGCGUUCUUUUCUGUUGUGGAUGCUCAAUCCAGUAUAGGGAUUGGGGGUUAUGAUGUGUAAAAAGCUCAAUGUGAUCUGAUGUCUCUUAGGGAGAAUGGUACUUGUUAUUUACUUGAUAAUAUUCAAUGGGAUUAUCUUAUGAUAUACUCUCCU